AUGGCGAACGAGUUCCUAACGAGCCAAGAAGAUGCAGGAUUGGUGAGGGGAGCGAGGAUCAAAUUGGGGGUUUUCUUGGACCCAGAUUUCGAAAUCGUUCCUGAAGCUUACCUGUCGAAAUGGUACAUGGGCACAAGCAAGGUCUACGCCGUGACCGGGGCCUGGAGAUCGCUGCUGAGGAAGAUAGAGCAGAAACGGUUGAGUCUGAGGAAAGGGGAUGAGAUUGAGCUGUGGAGCUUCAAGAAUGUGAGAGGGGAGCACUGUUUCGUGGUGGUUAUGGCCGAUUCGAGGAGGAGAGCAGCAGCUGCUGAGAAGGAAGCUGUGGGUAAGAAUGAAAAGGUUGAAAUCUCCGGCAGCCGCAGCAGUGGAGGAAUGGCUGAGUAUGAAAGUCCAAUGAAGGGAAACAGCAGCAGUGGUGGUGGUAGUAGUAGCAGUGCAGUGACUCAUGAAGGAAACCAUGUUCAGUUGAUUGGGUUUAGCAGCAGCAUCAGAUCCUGCCCUGAUCUUGAUUUAAGACUUAGAUUGUAG